AUGAGCACCACCCCGAAGUGGUACUGCCGCAACAAAUCCCAGCCGAUGCACACGUUCGCGGAAAUCGGCAAAUUGGGCCUGGAGCUGCGUCGGAUUACCAAACGCAUUGUGAUCGAUGUCAAUUCGGCGAUAUUCAGUGAACAUGACACCAUUUUGGAGGAGUGCGAGCGGGUGGUGGAGCAGUACUGGAACCUCAAGGAUGAAACCAAAAACGCUGACUUCCAGUCGCUCUCGAAGAAGAUCAAGAGGAGUCCCUACAACCAGCUGCUGAUGAAGAAGUUCCAUUUGAUAAUGGACCUCAAUGAUCGAAGGUUUUGCCAGCUUACCUUUGUGUUAAAAAGAACGUUGAGCUUCCUUCUUCGCAAAUCCAUGCAGUCAGAGAUGUGGUUGAAUUGGGCUUUGCACAUCACUCAAUUAUACAACAAGUGCCGCAAAGUGGAAAAGCCUGUGGUUCCGGUGGAAACGGAUAACCAACCAGGUGAAGAAGAACUGGAGGAGGAACCCAAGUUGAGUGGCAAGAGAAAGGAGGAGAUGCCCGCCAAUGUUUGCAGCAAUAUGUAUCCUGCUCUGCUUAUGGCUCUUAAAUCCAUUGAUUUUAAUUAUGUUCUGCAGCUGGUGGCCCAAACUCGAGUGGAGCAGAAUGCUUUGGAUCUAGUAUUUGGACUAUUCAACAUGGGCGAACAGGAUGCCUGGCGGGAGCAGCAGAAUCUGGAGUCCACCUCCUCCAGCUUGGAGAUUCUUAGGACCCUCAACAUUUCCUUUGCCGCCGGUGAUUACCAACCGUAUUGUGACUCCGCCCAGGACUACAAGUCAAUGCAGAUGCAAAUGGCGGACGCGAGUCUUCAAGGGCAGGAUAAUGACCAUCAGAGCCUGCGGUGCAAGCACACGGAGAGUUUCCUGCAAAAGGAGCGGAUUUUUAUAGCCCAACUGAUAGCUAAAGCCACUGAAAUAAGUCCGACCAUUUUCGAUAAUGGCAAAAAAGGACCUGUAGAUAUAAAUGUGUAUAUUGUCAAGGGUUUGCGACUCCUUUGGUCCUAUGUCGGGAUUAUUUUGGAUCACAUAUUGCUCUGGUGGAUAGAUAAUCCAGUGUCCUGCUAUCGCCUUACCCAUAUUGACUCCAUUCGCAGUUGGCUUUAUCAUCAGAGUGUUAACGAUAUUCCCGAACCCGUUUACUCAACUCUACGUGGCAUUGGCGAAAUCCUUACAGGAUUUGUGUGCAACAACAUUUGGGAUCAGCUUUUUCGACUUACUCUGAUCUCUUCCAACAACACGAAUCGCUUGGUUGAUGUGGUGGCUGAACAAUAUCGAGAUUGUCCUAAAAAUGAAUUUGGAACUCCAACGGGAACUGUUUGGAUUAGUAUUUUUGCCAACUUGGUAAAUUUGAGCAAUCAAUACUUUUCAAAUAUGGAGGCGCAUAAUAACUCCAGUUUGCUGCCAGUGGCUGAGCAGAUACCCAUACUACACAGGCUUGACCAUUCUGUGCACUCGAUGCGACUUUGGGUCACCGAACAGGCAAAGCUUCUUUGUUGCGAAUGGAAAAUGGACCGAUUCUUCCAGAUUUUGGAGCACGAUGUAAAGCUCUGCCUGAAUGUCUUUGUAACCUUUCAACUGCCGAAACUCACUGCCGACCUGAGUGAUAUUUUAAUGCUGGUUUGCGUGGCCCUGCGAACCAAACUCAUCGCUGAAGUCAAUGCCAAUAUAGACAAGCUAAAGAAAACCACCGACGAGUGUGUUCAGAUCCUGUCAGCUGUUUGCCGGGUCCUCAGCCUGGCCAACUUUACUCUUUGCUUUCCCGCCGCCAAUUUCUGGCAACGCGAGGUGUACAACAACGAGGAGAAGAGCCUGUACGUGGGCUAUGUGCUGGACGAGAUCUACCUGCCCACCAUACGUGCCACCAAGGACAUUGUCAUCCUCAAGCUGAUCCUGAAACUGAUCUGCGAGGCCUGGCUGGAUUUUAUCUACCAGAAAAGAAUCCGUUUCAGCGUAAAUGGAGCUGUGCGAUUGCUGAAUGAUUUCGAUGAUGUGCGGGAGUGGAUCCUGGCCUGCACUUUGUUGGAUGAAGAGCAGUUGGAUAAGUUGAGCAACCACGAAGUCCUUCGGAUGUGCAAGGGUGUGGGCAAGAUACUGCUUCGCAAGCCGGAGGAUGUGAUCUCCAUCACCCAGUCACCAAAAUUCGACAAAAAGGCGCAGGACGCUGCCGCCCAGGACACUCAGCUGCCCUCGGAGAUGUUUGUCUCCAAUCAGAAGCACUGGUUGCAACUGAGAGCCAGUGGAGGAAAUGGUUUUCCCUUCCUGAAACUUUGUUGUGGCGAUGCCGCCAUGUAAUCGAGCUUCUUA